AUGAACUGGCCUAAAGAAAACUAUGGCUCAGGACCCCUAAAGGCUGCAACUCUCCUGGGUCACGGUCCGAAGCGUGUGCUGGUGCCGCAGCCCUCUCAGAACCCACCGUCUGCAAGUGGUGGCCAGGCCCAGCGGGUCUUGUGCCCAUCCAAUUCCUCCCAGCGCCUCCCUGCACAAGCCCCAAAGGGCGUCCCCGGCCACAGAGCGGUUCAGAAUCUGAAGCACAAGCAAUUGCAGGCCACUAGUAUAGCUCGUCCUGUCUCUCAGCCCUCCAACAGCAGCACCUCAAAGAGUGAGCAGGUCUUGCCACCGGAAGCUGGAAAUAAUUCUGAAAAGGAACUGCAAUCAAAACAGAAAAAUGAAGACUCUAAAAAGAGGCAGUGGGCCCUGGAUGACUUUGAGAUCGGCCGCCCACUGGGGAAGGGAAAGUUUGGCAACGUUUACCUGGCCAGAGAGAAGCAGAGCAAGUUCAUCCUCGCCCUGAAGGUGCUGUUCAAGGCUCAGCUGGAGAAGGCGGGCGUGGAGCACCAGUUGCGGAGGGAAGUGGAGAUCCAGUCCCACCUGAGGCACCCCAACAUUCUGCGACUCUACGGCUAUUUCCAUGACGCUACCCGAGUUUACCUGAUUCUAGAAUAUGCACCUCUUGGCGCUGUCUACAGAGAGCUCCAGAAACUGUCCAAGUUUGAUGAGCAGAGAACUGCAACUUACAUCACGGAGCUAGCCAAUGCCCUUUCGUACUGUCACUCGAAGCGAGUCAUCCACCGGGACAUCAAGCCCGAGAACCUGCUGCUGGGGUCGACGGGGGAGCUGAAGAUCGCAGACUUCGGCUGGUCUGUGCACGCCCCCUCCUCCAGGAGAACCACCCUCUGUGGCACCCUGGACUACCUACCCCCGGAGAUGAUUGAAGGGCGGAUGCAUGAUGAGAAGGUGGACCUCUGGAGCCUCGGUGUCCUUUGCUACGAGUUCCUUGUUGGAAAGCCACCAUUUGAGGCGGAAACGUACCAGGAAACGUACCGGAGAAUAUCCCGGGUGGAAGUCACCUUCCCAGACUUCGUCUCAGAGGGGGGCGCGGACCUCAUUUCCAGACUGCUGAAGCAUUCUCCCAGCCAACGGCUGACUCUAAGGGAAGUGCUUGAACACCCCUGGAUCACGGCGAAUUCGACCAAGCCGUCCAGUAGCCAGAAAGGCAAAGACUCGUAGGCCCGAGGGAGCUGCUUGCCCCGGGGCUGCUUCUGAUGGCCGCAUCCCAGUGUUCUGGGGCCUUCCCAGUCAGAAUCUCACUCAGACAGACAGGCACGACCCCGAGAGACCGUGCUGGAUCCCGCGACCUCACGGGUUUCCCAGGGCAAA